UCGAAUAUCAUCGCAUAUACCACAAACAUGUCUACUGUCACAUCCGACGCUCCUGUCGCCAAAGUCCCGCAGGUGACGGGCAUGCGCAAGAAUGGCAAACAAUGGCACGACACCAAGAAGGCCUUCCGCCCCACAGCCGGUCAGACUUCGUACGCAAAGCGCCAGGCCAAAGAUCAAGCACUCGCCGUCGUAAAAGCACAGGAGAAGGAGAUGAAGGAAGAGAAGGAGGCCGAGCGUCAGCGUCGCAUCACAGCACUCAAGGAGAAGCGCGAGGCCAAGGCAGAGAAGGAACGCUAUGAGAAGAUGGCAGCCAAGAUGCACCAGAAGAGAGUCGACAGACUGAAGCGCAGAGAGAAGAGAAACAAGCUCCUCAAGUCAUAG